AUGGCUGGUAGAAAUGAUCGUGCGAUUGCUGAUGCCCUCCAAGCGUUGGCACAAGCUAUGAGUAACAACAAUAGGGCUGAAGUCGCUCCUAACUGGUUGGAGCAAUAUCAACAAAAUCAUCCACCUAGUUUCAAAGGAGGAUAUGACCCCGAUGUUGCGAUGAAUUGGCUAAUGGAGAUCGAGAAGAUUUUCAAUGCCAUGGAGUGUCCUCUUACUCAGAAGGUGAGGUUGGCUACCUUCAUGUUGACUGCUGAUGCCCAUUUUUGGUGGGAAGGAGCACUUCAAAGAAUGAUUGAUGGAGGAGUGCAAUUGAACUGGGACAACUUCAAGAGGGUCUUCCUUGAGAAGUAUUUCCCAAAUGAUGUGAGGAGUCAUAAGGAAGUUGAAUUUCUCGAGCUGAAGCAAGGGAAUGAUACAGUGGCAGAGUAUGUUGCAAAAUUUGAUGCUUUGGUUCGUUAUUGUACUCAUUACCAUGGUGAAGGUGAUGAAAGGGCUAAGUGCAUUAAGUUCGUAGUUGGAGGUCCUAUGCGUGCUGCAAGUUCUAGUGCUCCAGGUAAGAGUAAGCCUUACUCUACUCCUGCCAAGAUUCAAGGAAAUCAUGCUAAGAGUAGAUCUGUUGCUGGAAAUUCUUUCGUAAGUGGUGCUGCUAGUGUAGGAGGCUCUGUUUCUACCCCUACUAGUCGAUGCAAGAAAUGUGGGCUACGUGGGCAUGAGCACUAUAACUGUCCUGACAAGGAAAUAACAUGUUUCAAUUGUAAUGGCAAAGGUCAUAUUAGUACUCAGUGUCCACAACCGCCAAGGCAACGCAUGAUGGAGGGUCCCGCUUGGGAUUAA